AUGCCCCUAUUAGGAUCUUCGGGAUCUAGGCGAAGUUUCGUCGUUAGCGUUCUCCUUGUCGGAGUUUUCGCCCUGUUAAUAUCGCAAAACGUUUCCAAAGCUGAUGAAGUUCCAGCAUUCUUCUUGAAAAUAGCAAAGAAUAUACCUCGUGUGGGUCGAAGCGACGGUUACGAGGAUCUACUCCUGAAAUCCCGUAAGAACGUUCCUAAAAUUGAAGGACGUGCCAACGGAGCCCAGCCUGAAUCUUGGCAGUCUUAUGGUAACGGGGAUCCUUUUCCUGGUCCGAUAAAAAGACGCAUGGAGUACCCAUCGGAUGAUGAUGCUCGCACUUGGCAAGACUUUCCACUGCGAAUUGGAGGUUCGCAGAAGCUUUGGCGAACUCUAGCUGGAUACACCGAGGAGGCAGAUGAUAUCGAUAACGAAAUAUGGAGACGAAAGAAAAGGACUGGAUACGAGGCCGUGGGUCCUCAGGAGAAUUAG